GUGCGUAAGAGCCCUAGAGAGGAGAAUAUACACUAAUAUUAUUAUUAUUAUUAUCAUCAUAAUUUUAGAAGAAAUGGGGGGGAGUGAGGCUUUUUUGAAGAUGAAACCAUACUUGGCUAUGGUGUCUCUGCAAUUCGGGUACGCAGGGAUGUACAUCAUCAGUAUGGUUUCCUUCAAACAUGGCAUGAGUCACUUCGUCCUAUCCGUCUACCGUCACGUUGUUGCUUUUCUCAUCAUGGCUCCCUUUGCCAUCGUUCUCGAAAGGAAAAUAAGGCCAAAGAUGACUCUCCCCAUCUUCCUGAGAAUAAUGGUGCUUGGUUUCUUAGAGCCAGUGCUUGAUCAAAACUUGUACAACUUGGGUAUGAAGUACACCUCAGCAACAUUUGGUGCCGCCAUUGUUAACGUCCUACCUGCUAUUACCUUCAUCAUGGCUCUUAUUUUCAGGUUAGAGACGGUGAAUGUGAAGAAGAUAAGCAGUCUCGCAAAGGUGAUCGGUACAGUAAUCACGGUGUCGGGAGCAAUGGUGAUGACUCUUUACAAAGGUCCGAUCCUCGAUAUAUUCCACAAUCACGGCCAUUCCAAUGAAACCUCCACCGCGGAGGCCUCCCAACACCACUGGGUCACCGGCACUCUCAUGCUCAUUGGAAGCUGCGCCGGUUGGUCUAGUUUCUUCAUUGUUCAAUCAUUUACGUUGAAGAAAUAUCCAGCAGAGCUGUCUCUCACAGCUUGGAUAUGCUUGAUGGGAGUGUUGGAAGGUGGAAUUGUGACGUUUGUGUUUGAACAUGACAUGCAUGUCUGGGUUCUAGGCUGGGACUCCAGGCUUCUGGCUGCUGUCUACUCUGGGGUAAUUUGCUCUGGGAUUGCAUAUUAUGUGCAAGGAAUGGUAAUCAGGGAAAGAGGACCAGUUUUUGUGACAUCUUUCAGUCCUCUUUGCAUGAUCAUCACCUUUGCUCUUGGUGCCAUCGUUUUAGCUGAACAAGUCCACCUUGGAAGCAUUGUUGGAGCCAUUUUCAUAGUUUUCGGACUCUACACUGUCGUUUGGGGCAAAAGCAAAGACCCCAUAGCCUCAACAGCACCAUUGAAAGACGACAAAACCCAAGAAUUGCCCAUCACGGACACCACCGCCAAACCAAUCGCCAUUGUUACUACCAUUAACAACAAUGCAACUUCAGAAAUGUCCAAGAUUUCUACAUCCCAGGGUUCUUAAUUAAGCGAAGAGAUCAAUCUCGAAAAAAAAAAAAUAUAUAUAUAUCGAAGAUUUUCGGAGGGUGGAGCAGCUUUUGUUAUGUUAGAUAAAAAGGUUUCACAAGAUUAUGUACAUCUCCUAGGAGGGAUCAUCGUAAUCUAAAAAAAAAAACUGUGAAACUUUGUUUUUAACUUUUUUUGAAGUAACUUGAGAGCAAGUAUAUUAAUGAUCAUGAUCUUAGCUACUUGUGUUUUGAU